UAUGGGAACUUCAAGGAGGAGGAGAAGAAGAAGAAUCAAGAAUGCCCCAACCGAACCCGUAAUAUCUGCUACAAAAAGCAACGAAACACUAUCACAAUCGCGGCAAUAACAGCCGGAUGCUAUGAAUCAAACCACUGAAAUGAUGAGAAUUGUUGUGCUAAAGAUUUGAACUUUAAUACGAGGAAAGGGUUUCAUACUAGAUUAGAAUGGAUUUGACAGUUGUUGCCUUCUGGGUUCUUUUUCUCCCCCUUGAAAGCAACUGUAUGUUCCGAGGAGUGAAGUGACCACGGAGCAAGCUGGACCAGUUUAGACGCAGCUAACUCAUGAACUCUGUAGGCCACAGGACAGUGAGAUUCGUACGUACGAACACGGCUAUCUGGGAGAUCAGUUUAAGCCCUCGAAACGCAGUAAUCACUGCAAUUAACAUCGGAAAAAGAAGCAUCAGGCCGCCCCACCUGCCGCCGAAAGAGAUGUUCCCAAUCUACAAGGCUUCUCAAGCAGUGAAGCAGCCGAAUCCAGUACAGCUAUUAUGAUAAAGUUCCAUUAUCCACCACUACUUUUUCCCAGAACAAGCCAUCAAUGGAGCCCGGGAGAAGAGAAGGGAGCAGUAAAGCGGCCGCCUUGUCAUCCUCAGCUGCGAGUAACAUGAACCCUAGAAGGAACAGCAAAGCCAUGGCUCAGUACAAUGCGGAUGCUGCGCUGAUGGCCGAGUUUGAGCUGUCUGCUGAUUCUGGUAAGUCCUUCAACUACUCAAGAUCAGUGAUGAAUGCUCCCCAAACUGUGCCUGAAGAGCAGAUUAGUGCCUAUCUGUCUAAGAUUCAGAGGGGUGGAUUAAUCCAACCCUUUGGCUGUAUGCUAGCAAUUGAGGAGCCCAGUUUCAAGAUCAUAAGUUACAGUGAGAAUUGCUUUAAGUUGUUGGGUCUGAACAGUGUUUCUGGGUCAAGCCAGUCUGGUUUGAUUGGGGUUGAUUUUAGAACGCUUUUCGCCCCUGCUUCAGCAGUUUCUUUGGUGAAAUCUGUUGAGUCUAGGGAAAUUUCACUGUUGAACCCAAUUUGGGUCAAUUCUAGGAGUACCCAGAAGCCAUUUUAUGCCAUUCUACAUAGGAUUGAUGUGGGGAUUGUGAUUGAUUUGGAGCCUGCUCGCUCGGAUGAUUCCGCAUUGACCCAUUCGGGUGCAGUGCACUCGCAGAAACUCGCUGUAAGAGCGAUUUCUAGGCUGCAAUCUGUCCCUGGGGGGGAUAUUGGUGUUCUGUGUGAUACUGUUGUGGAAGAUGUUCAGAAGCUGACUGGAUAUGACAGGGUUAUGGUUUAUAAGUUUCAUGAGGAUGAGCACGGUGAAGUUGUAUCAGAAAUUAGGAGGUCUGAUCUAGAGCCCUACUUGGGUUUGCAUUAUCCAGCGACCGAUGUCCCUCAAGCUGCUCGUUUUUUGUUCAAGCAGAAUCGAGCUAGAAUCAUAUGUGAUUGUCAUGCAAGCCCAGUUAGAGUAAUCCAAAGUAAAGAACUAAGGCCACCUAUUUGCCUGGUUAAUUCAACCCUUCGAGCACCCUAUGGCUGCCACACACAGUACAUGGCCAACAUGGGCUCUAUUGCCUCGUUGGUUUUGGCAGUUAUUGUCAACGACAAUGACUCGAUGAAACUUUGGGGUCUGGUGGUGUGCCACCAUACAUCUCCUCGGUAUGUUCCUUUUCCACUUCGAUAUGCUUGUGAAUUCCUGAUGCAGGCAUUCGGGCUGCAGCUCUACAUGGAACUUCAAUUGGCAUCGCAAUUUGCAGAGAAGAAGACACUCCGGAUGCAAACUUUACUAUGUGACAUGCUCCUCCGAGAUGCCCCAUUUGGCAUUGUGACUCAAUCCCCUAGUAUCAUGGAUCUUGUUAAGUGUGAUGGUGCUGCAUUGUACUAUGAUGGGAAAUAUUGGUUGCUGGGUGUAACCCCAACUGAAUCACAAAUCAAAGAUAUUGCAGACUGGCUUCUUAAGAAUCACGGGGACUCCACUGGAUUAAGUACAGAUAGUCUGGCCAAUGCUGGUUUCCCUGGUGCAUCUUUACUUGGUGAUGAAGUUUGUGGUAUAGCAGCUGCAAGAAUUACGUCAAAGGAUUUCUUGUUUUGGUUUAGGUCUCACACUGCAAAGGAAGUCAAAUGGGGAGGAGCUAUGCACCAUCCCAAUGAUGAGGAUGAUGGAGAAAGGAUGCAUCCAAGAUCUUCAUUCAACACUUUUCUUGAAGUGGUUAAGAAUAGAAGUUUGCCAUGGGAGAUACCAGAGAUUAAUGCUAUUCAUUCUUUGCAGCUUAUAAUGAGAGACUCAUUAUGUCGGGUGGAACACAGUGGUCCUAAGGUAACAAUACCUGCCCAACAGAGUGACUCUGAGGAUCAGAGGUUGGAUGAACUUAGUUCAGUAGCAAGUGAAUUUGUUAGAAUGAUUGAAACCGCAUCUGCUCCAAUUUUUGGUGUUGAUUCAGCUGGUUUCAUCAAUGGAUGGAAUGCAAAAAUUGCUGAAUUGACAGGAUUACAAACUAGUGAAGCCAUGGGGAAGUCCUUGCUUAAUGAAGUUGUUCAGGAGGACUCACGUGUAAGCGCUAAGAAUCUGCUGGAAAGAGGUUUACGUGGUGAGGAGGAAAAAAAUGUUGAAUUAAAACUGCGGAAGUUUGAGCAAGAUGAACAAAACACUGUUUUAUACAUUAUGGUCAAUGCCUGUACAAGUAGGGAUUACAUGCAGAACAUAGUUGGGGUGUGCUUCGUGGGUCAAGACAUGACAGCUGAGAAAGUUUUCAGGGAUAAAUUCAUCCGCCUGCAAGGAGAUUAUAGGGCAAUCAUACAAAGUGUUAACCCACUGAUUCCACCAAUAUUUGCUUCAGAUGAAAAUGCCUGCUGUUCCGAAUGGAAUGCUGUCAUGGAAAAGUUAACUGGUUGGAUGAGACACGAGGUUAUUGGAAAAAUGCUUCCUGGGGAAGUUUUUGGGGACUUGUGCCAGUUGAAGAAUCAAGAUACACUUACUAAAUUUAUGGUUCUCCUGUACAAAGUGAUUAGUGGACGUGAAUCUGAGCAGUGUUCAUUCGGGUUUUUUGAUAGGAAGGGGAUAUAUGUGGAUGUGCUCCUGGUGGCAAAUAAGAGAACCGAUGAGGCUGGGAAUGUAAUUGGGUGCUUUUGCUUCUUGCAGGCUGUUGCAUCGGACAUGCAGGUCUCUGGAAACAAAAGAGAGAGUGCAAAGUGCCGUUCAGAACUGAGAGAAUUGGCUUACAUUCGACAAGAAAUGAAAAAUCCAUUGAAUGGAAUACGGUUCAUCCACAAUCUCCUGGAAGGCACCGCUACUUCAGAAGACCAGAAGCAAUUUCUUGGGACUAGUGAUGCAUGCGAAAGACAGCUAACGUCAAUCAUACAGGAUACGGAUUUUACAAGUAUAGAGGAGGGCAGCAGGAUGGAGCUAAACAUGGAAGAGUUUCUCCUGGGCAAUGUUGUAGAUGCAGUUGUUAGCCAAGUCAUGAUUCUACUGAAGGAGAAAAAGUUACAACUCCUCCACGAGAUUCCUGACAAAGUCAAAACGCAAUAUCUGUUUGGUGACCAAAUUAGACUUCAGCUGGUCUUAUCUGAUUUCUUGCGUAGCAUAACACGUUUUGCGCCUGCAAAUGCUUGGGUAGAGAUCAAGAUAUCAACUGGUUUGAAGCCGGUGAAACAUGGGGAUGAAUUGCUCCAUCUACAGUUCAGAAUGGCUCAUCCUGGCAUGGGCAUUCCUCCUGCUAUCAUCCAAGAUAUGCUUGAAGGAGGAAACCAGUGGACGACAGAGGAAGGACUCGGUCUGAACCUGUCUCGAAAACUUCUUAGCAUGAUGAACGGCCAUGUCCAUUAUGCCAGAGAGAAGGAUAGAUGUUUUUUCCUCAUCGAGCUCGAACUCAGAACAACAUAUCCAGAUAAAGGGAGUGGUAAAAAAUGAACAGGGGCAAAAUAACCCAAUUUUGGAUAUAUGGUUCUUCUCCAGCCAGUUCCUCUUGGUGUACAUAUCCAUGUUCGAGCACUGAGGCAUCCAUCUUUCAUGGCUUGAACUCUCCAAAUAUUUCCCGGUGAAGCCUUGCACUCUAUACCUGGGCUCCAUAUCCAUCUACUUUUCGCUAAACAUGUUUCAACAGAUGCUUAUCUGCACCUCAUACGAUAUUAGUCCUUGUCUAGUUUAUCAUAAUACCGGCUUCACCCAUUCUGGUCUUGCACAUGACCGAGGUAAACUUUGUGCUGGAAGAUGUAAAUAUCUACUGUUCCUGACAUAUAUAUAUAUAUAUAUAUAUAUGUUGAAGACUGUAUUUGAGUUCAAGGAGCAUGACAUGAAUGUUUCAGUUUUCUUAUGUUAGUUCAAAGUAUAAGAAAGCUGUCUGUUGGUGUUUGAAGUAUAGGAGUGUUGAAUGUUUUUCCUUUAGCAUGACAACCAACCCAUGUAGAACCUAUGUACCAUCCUUUGGCAUGGACCAUAAAACGAUUGGGAAAAUUGCUUUAAUACCAACUAGUCAAGUCAAGAAAGCCAUCCCAUUCAUCUAAGUGAAAAGUUCAUCAUUCAACCGUUACUAACAAAAACUAGUCAUGUAGCUUUCCAUUCAUCUAAUAAGAAUGGAAUCAUCAUUCAGCAGACAUCCUGUUGCUAAUACCAACUAGUCGAUAAGGAAAAAAACAUUCCUAAUGCACGGGGUUCCUUGUUUUAUAAGGGACAAGAAAAAUCACGUGUGAAGUCCUACCCUUGCUUUUUGAAAAAAUGUUGUUUCUGCAACUCAAAUCCAUAAUUUUUUAAUUAUAAAGGAAUCACCUCAUCAUUGCUGUCAAGCAUUUCGUUUACUCAAAUAAAAAUAAAAAAACAAACGAAAGAAGAAAAAGAAGAUAGCAUUCUAUUCGUCUCAUGAAUGGAAGCAUCAUUCAAC